AUGGCUACCGCGUUGCAGCAGCCGGCCCCUGAUGCUGGUCCCGUGUUCAACGAGGUUUCGACGGCCCUGGGAUCUCCGCACGUCAACGACUACCCCAGUCGUCUCUCCAUCGUAGAUUUGGACCUCAAGGACAAUCGCUAUCCCACGCUCGGCUCAUCACCAAGAUCCAUCCCUUCCGUCAGGAAAUCUGUCUUUUCAUAUCCGGAGCGAUCCAUGGAUGGUGGUGUCACGGAUGGCUCACGAGGGAGCUGGGUCAGCUACCCUGCGAGUGGCUCACCAAAGUCACUCGCAAACGAGAAGCUCGAUGAGGUCCCUGUGGAGAAAGAGCAGCCUUUGCCGGUUACAUCCCUUGCCACGAAGCAGCAGACGCAGUCAUCAAACGCGGAGGGCACGUUACCGGCCAACGCUAUGCCGUCUGGGGAUUCCCCGCGUCUCGCCGGACGCCCUAGUCGAGAGGAUCCACCUCAACGCCGCUCGUCGAAAAGUGGUUCUGCGGAGCUUCGUCGUGUCGCUGCAGAAAUCGUGCAGAGCCAGCAAAACAUGGGCCAACGUACCUCCAGCGUUCGACCUUUGCAAGGCCAGUUGGGCCCUAUGUUGCCGCCCGCACCCCGACAUCCCUCGAUACCUGUAGCCGGGAUAGGCGCGGGACCAAGCGGCUCCCCCGCGCUAGCCACGAUUCCUAUGUCGGCUACACCUUCAUUCUCUCCGUCUGCUAUGCAGGUCCACAUCUCGCCCAAACCUCGGGCAUCUGCACAGUAUCCGACCUACAUCACACCUCCUUCUGGCCAGGAUCCAUUACAUGCUGCAUAUGCACCUCCACAGAUUCCGAAGGAAGAAGUCUGCGUAGAGUGCGCUAUGCGUGACCAGGACAUGGCCGACGUCGAUGUGACAAGCCCUGGAGCAUGGGAGAGGGAAAGUGAUGCAGCCUAUGAAGAGCUUGUUCAUAGGGAACGGGAGGAAGAGGCAUCGGGUGUACCCCGCCUUCAGAGUUCGUCACGACCGCGGGCAAGAGGACAACCGUUAUCGGAGGAGAACCUACGAAUCUGGCUGAGCAUUAACCCGAAGGAACCGUCAUCUCGACAACAGACUUUGGAUGCAUACGUCAGAUCUCAGCGCUUGCUGCUUGAACAAGAAGCGUUGGCGCAUGCUCGGGCGCUGCGCGAGUCGCGGCAGCUGGAGGACAAGAUGCGCGAUACAUACACGCAACUGCGGCGGUCGGCAUACGAGCUGAACGGAAACGCGCAGCUGACCGACGAUACUGCUGGUGUGCGAAUUAAGCCUCCCCGUGCGACCUCAAUACCCGCAUCGAUCAUGGUGUCCCCUGAGAAUGGCAGCAGCCAUAAUCGUGAGGUGACGCUUUUAGAGAAUGGCAUGAUUGUUGAGCAUGUCGACGUUCGUAAAGAGGAGAGGGAAGAGCGCGCGCGCAAGCGGAAAGAGGAGAAGCGUGACAGAAGCCGUGCGCGCAAGUCGUCGCGCGGUUCUAUCAUCGAUGUCACCUCUGUGUACUCUAUGCCUCUACCUGGGCAGGGCCUCCAGUCGGACAGCGGGUAUUUCUCUGGCGCCAAAGGCAGCGACUCGCGAUAUUCGCAGUCGUUCUCGCCACGUCCGAGCAGUAUACUGACAACUGGCGACAGACCUCACAUGCUUCCUCGUGCUUACUCACAGGCGUCCUUCUCUGACAUGCAGAGCAUUGGCUCGUCAUCAUCGCCGAGACGCUCCCGGUUCUUUGGCUUCAAGAAUCUCACCGCUAGUUGGAGGAGCCAAGAUAGUCUUGCUCCUUCGGGUAGCAUGAUGGAUAUGCACGUUGCUCUACAGCGAGAACAGCAAUAUAUGCAGGAGCAUGGGCUUGCGGAGAUGAGCGCUGACACUCCGACGCUGCGUGUGGCCGAGACAUGGGUGCAAGACGAAGCACCUUCCCCCAUCGAGACUUCGGUGGCGACGAGUGGGCACAAGAAGAAGAAUGGCCUGAAGAAGAUCUGGAAGAUUGUGACCGGAUCAUCACACAAGAAUGGAUGUCCUCAGAAAGGUCGUGUGCCUGCCCGGUCAUUGGAAAAGCCCGAGGACGAUGCACCGCUUGCGCCUCCACCACCGUUGUCGUACUUGGUUGAUCGGGACCGAGGGUCAAGACGGCACGUCUCCACGCCUUCAUUGCCAACCUCCAUUUCACCUAACUUCAUGUCUCCAUAUACUGCAUCGCCACCUACUGCGCCAUCCAGCCUUUUGCCUUCACCGACGUCAUCACGUCAUCCUAUCAAUGAGAAGGACAGUGGGAGUGACGGCCGUAAGACGAGCGGUAACCUGGACAGUGAUCCGGAACAUCAGGCUGGUUCUGGUGAACCUCAUUCGCCUGAUCAGGAACGUGGGCGGACAACGCAGAGCUCGUCAAAGACACUGUCGAGUAUGACAGGGCCACUGACACCUCAAUCAACACGACCACAUUCCGUCGCUCUUCGCAGGGACAAGUCUCUGCCACCUUUGCCUCCCGAGUCGUCGGUAGAAUUCCCCAACCACCCUAACGGUAUGCCAGAUGCACGGCCGCAGACGAUGUUCACGUAUGACCACGUGCCAAUGUCGUUCUCGGGCGCAGGCCCGGAGAUGCUACUUCCUCCAAAUGCCCCGUUCCGCACGGCGGACCAACGGAGGCAAUCAUUUGGUGGCACGGGUUCAAAGCCGCAUCCUGCAGUUCGCACUCUCCCUGUCAAGGGCAAGUUCCUUGGCGCUGCGGUCUCCCCUCCCUUCCUAGCCGAAGAGCGAUACGGUGAGUUUGGUGCGUCGCGUCACUCUUUGGCUCAAUGGGCUUCAUCUCGGGGGACGCAUGGCACUGCGAAGCCCCGGCCGCGACGAAGCAAGUUUGGACUGUCGUCGCUUUUCCGACGGAAGUCACACGACCUCGUGGACGAGAACAAGGAGAACGGCCACUCUGACACGGAAUUUGCGUCUAACGGUAUCAGGACGUCAGGCUCCGAGCGCGAAGAUACCAUUGCGACUGGCAACGCGUACAGUGGCGCUGGGUCGGCGAACAGCAGCCAUGCUCAGAAGAUGUCGAUCACGUCGCGGAAGAACAUUGCGGAAUUGGUUGAGCAGGACCCGGAGUUCGUUGCUUACCGAUACCCAUCGACCGACCAUCGGUUUGACUUGCGGUAG